GUUGUCGCCUCGCGCCCUACAGGUGUCGCCUUGCGACGACCAGCACGAGCACGGUCAAACGUAUUGCAGUGCACAGGAAGCUCUUCAAGUGGCCUGUCCCGGUCACCACCACCGUCCCUCCGCCCCCGCAGCUGAAGCCGCUGUUCGUCUCCCUGGCCGUCCAGCUUUUCUCCAGCUGGUCUCCGAUCCUCCGCAGGCGAGACGCGAGCAGCUGAGCCACCGAGCACGGCGAGGGUCGCCGGGCGCUGCAGGUGGAGUCACCGGGCAGGAGCAAAGGCUGGUCUAUUGGCAGCCAGCACAUCUUUCUCAGACAGAACACCCGGUCUUCUCUCUUUAAAUCUUGAACAUAUACUACCCUCCUUUUCUUCUCUCAUCAAACCUUAACUGUGUUUGCGCCCCCCCCCCCCCCCUUUCUCUUCCUUUCUCUGUUCUCUCUCUCUCUCUCUCUCUCUCUACUGUAUUAUUCAUUACAGUGUCACAUGGUGUGGGGUUUACAUCAUCUUUUCCCAAAAGAGAGAUGCAAUGGUUAACUCUUGAAUCUCUCCUGUCUGGUUUGAUCUAAAGGAGUCUUUUGUUGUACGGGUGUUCUGGGACGCUGUGUUGUCGUCUGCUAUAUUUUAACAGUACAAAUGUGUGUAAAUAUAAUCACCCCGCUAGCAUUGGAUAGGAAAUACUUGCAAUGAUAUCCAGAACAAUUGCCAGUUGUGGCCACAAAAUCAUACACCAUCCCUGAGAAUUGCCGCGUCUAUAAUAAAACUGCGGAAUUAAAAAAUUGCGGAACUUCAGUACAGCGGCGCGUUGUCUCUCUUCGGACUGUUUAUAGAGAAGGACUUGCAAAUUUUGCGUCGGUGCUAAGCUAUGGCUUCGCUUAACUGGUCUGUAUUACUAACACAUUCCCACGACGCCGUUUUAUAACACUAUUUUAAAGUAAUAUUUUAUCAACGAUGACUGAAAAAUAUGGCCGAGGACGAACUUGCUGCGUUCAGGGAGUGUUGGAAAGAAGAACUAACGAGUAAUAAAGAGGAUCAGCCACUUGUGUGUGCUCCUUCCUCUUCCUUGGAUGUUUGUGUUCAGGCAGGCCAGAACGACUUCAAAAAUAGGUAUUUUGAAGACCUAAACAAUCUCAACAAGGCCUGUAGUCCUUCACAAUCAGAAGAAGGUGGUUGCAUUGAGGAUGAAGCAUGUGCUGGCGGCGUAGAAAACGCUGCAGCAGAGUCAGAGGAUCAGCCUGAGUAUGUGGCCAUUGCACGUAGUUUGCUGGAUGGGAGGACCAGUCCGCUGCUGGACAGGAUUCAGGAGGAGAGAACCAGGAGAAAGAGACAGUAUCAAAACAUGACCAACGCCUGCAGCGCAUCCCUGCAGCAGCUACAGCAGCAACAGCCUAAGAGAAAGGUCAAGAAAGACGAGGAGCUGUUGGAUCUACUCAUUCAGGAUCUGAAUGAAGUCAAUGACAUUCCCUUCUUUGAUAUUGAGCUGCCGUACGAGUUAGCCUUGAAGAUAUUCCAAUAUCUAAACUCUACUGAGCUAGGCCGAUGUGCACAGGUGAGCAGGGCAUGGAGAGUCCUCGCGGAGGACAGCGUUCUGUGGUUCAAGAUGUGCACGGGGGAGGGUUACCAUCAGGAUGCCAGCGUGUCUGACUCGCCCUGCUGGAAGAGCACGCUGCGAGACUGCAGGAACUCGGCCAAAACUGUGCGCUCCAACUGGAAGAAUCGAGUGGGAUCCAUCAGCCAGCUGCAGUUUGAGCUGGGGAAGGUGCUGUGUGACGUCAGUUCCUGUGACAACUUUGUCUUGGCUGGGUACACGUCUGGUGACGUGAGGCUGUGGGACACGCUGAACUGGGACUCGACAGCCUCUUACCUGAAGAUCAACAGCCUGUCCGCUAACACUGAACCCAGACCUUAUGUUCGUUACGUCCAGGUCAACAGCACAGUGGCUGCUGCCACUUAUGAAGAUGGCUGUGUGGACCUGUGGAGCACAGAGACCGGUGGAGAGCCCCUCCUCCACUACCAGAACACAGGGAGGAUCCAGGCCCUGGCCCUGAGCCCUGACAGUCCCGUCCUGUGCUCCGCCGCUGGGCCUGACGUUCGGCUGGACUGUGCCGACGAUCGCGGCUACUGGAGGACAGUCUGCCAGGCUCGGCUGCCCAAGACUGUGGAAAGCCUAGUUUUGGUGCCAGGCAGGGGGCAGCAGUGCCCUCUGGCGGCCCUGGUAGCUGAAGAGGCUGUGUACCUGUUGGACCCCCGGGAGGAGCAGCCACGGACGCUCCACUCAGUCUACGGUCAUCCUGUUACCUGCCUGGAUGCCUCGGACUCCCAUGUUGCACUUGGAGUGAAGCGUACAGGCUGGGCCAUGUACGAUGGAGGAAACAAGAUCCACGUCUACAGCUUAGAGACGGGCAAACCUGUGGCUUGUGUCGGCGACUCGCUGGGAGAUUUCACUUGCAUCAACCUGAGAGACAGCCCUCCUCACCUGCUGGUGUGUGGAAACAAAGACAGGAGGGUGAGGGUGUUUGACCUACGAGCCGGCUCUUCCGUGGCAUCCCUGUACGCCCACCACCUGGGUGUCACCUCGGUGCAGGCGGACGACUGGAAGAUCGUGAGCGGCGGGGGCGAAGGAUUGGUUUGCGUGUGGGAGAUGAGGAUGGGAGCCAAGCUGUGGGAGAUGCACAACAGGCAUCCUGUUAGGCAUGUACGCUUCAACACCAGUACCCUGGUAACAGCCAACAUCCCUGAUGACAAGUCGCCAAGGGGCGCCUGCAUCACAGAUGAUGACCUUACAGCUCACCGCAGACACCGGGGAGUCAUCUGCCAUUACGACUUCUCCGAGGACGCGUUGUCACAGGAUCACAUCCUGCCCAUCUGCAGGUCUGACUACAUUGAGUCAUCCGGCUACAACUACAACAUCGGCCUGGCAGUGCCUUACGACAGGCUGGCUGGCUCCCAUCCAUCCCACUGACACGCACUUUUCCAAACUGCAACUGGACAACAGAAACUUUUACCCUUGAUCAGUUUGAUUCUCCAAACUGUAUCCUUUUAAUAAUUAGCAGUUUCCUUUUAUCAUCCUCGUCAAAUCAAGCUUCUUGAAAAUGUGAGAUUACAAUGUAUAGUAUCUGUAACUGUUGGGAUUUGUAAAUUACAAUGUUGAAUUCAGCUGCAGAGAUGUUGCACAGGAUCACAUCCUUGGAAACAAAUAAUGUCAAAUUUAUUAAUUGGAUUUGUCUGGAUUUGAUUCCGUGCCGCUGUGCAACAUUACAGCAAUAAAAAAAAUGGCAUAUUCUACCUCAUUUACUAAAUUUGUUAUUUGUUUCUAUUCAAAUAAAUCAUACACAUGCAUUGGUUUUAUCAUGUGGUCUUUAAUUGAUUUCUUUCAUUAAUACAAUUCAGUACAAAAUCAGUAAUAAUGUAUCUCAGGGAAAGGGUUAGAUUUACUCGGCAGUGGUCAAAAAUAGUAGAUUUUCAAAUGUAGAACAGCAGUGUCUGGUUACACAGACUCUCACAGGCCCAGAAAUUAAACCUGUAAGUAUUCUGGAGCUGCAGAGGAAUGGUAUGUGCCUGCAGUCUCACUCUUUGGAUGUUGGCCCUGACAUGGAUGCCAGAGCAGCCCUGAGCAUGACUGACUUUAUCUACCACAUGAACCUUUAGAUUAAAGUACAAAGCACCCUUUACAUUACAUGCUGGUUAGAUGAAGUUUUGGUGAAUAGCUGGAGAGGUAAUGUGUUAGUUUAAAACCUGAUAACAAUGAAUAGGAGUGUGGCAAAAGAUGGGAAACACAUUUUUAUAUUGAAUAUGUGACACUUACUACUUGUAGGAUCACACUGCUUUAAAAUUGAAUAAACAACACUUCCACCACA